AUGGCUCCCGGAAUCCUGUCUCCUGUUCCGGGUAACUUGAACUCAUCUUUCUACUCGACCAUGCACGGGACUUCUCGUCAGGUCUCCGCCCUCUCUGCUGCCUUUGAUAACGACAGCAUUUCACAGAAUGGCCGUUCCACGCGCCGAGAGUCUGGCUUUGUCCGCAAGGCCAAUGGCGUCGGUAAUUCUAAUAUCACCAGCGUAGUGCAGUCUCUGCACCGCCGUAGCGGCGAUGAGCUGGGUAAUGGUGCUUCAUCUCAGCUCCUGAACACCUCUUACCACUCUAUUAUUGAGUGGAUUCGUUCCGAGCGUAUGAGCCACCUGCCCCCAGAGGGCAGCAGCUAUGACAAAGUUCUCUCUUGGGCCCAGCUCUUUGUCGAACGACUGCACUCCUUCGACACUGGCAUUCAAGACUUUGCUGGCGACAGCUAUCUUGCCGCCCAGCUGUCCUAUGGAUAUUGCUCUAUGCUCCUCGAGCUCGGCAAGGAGAAUGCGCCAGCUUUGAUGAUCUCUUUCGGCUUCUUCUAUAGCACCUCCUCCGCUCUGGUUAAUCUCCUAGAGCGCACCGAGCUGUUCUCGGUGUCCCAGGAGAUCAAAGAGCAGCUUAUCCUGGCACUGGCUGACUUGGUUACACUUGUCGCCAGUGUGUCCACCCACUUCCACAAGGCUAUCCGUGGGUUGACCACCGCUUCGGUGUCUGUCAACAUCUAUGAUACCUUCCCUGGCCAGAUCCAAUCCUUCCGUGAGCGCUGCGGAAAGAUCUCCGAGGCUAUGUGGCGGCACCAGCUUGCCAAGGAGAACAUUGACACCGAACGAGUUUCCGUUGUCAAGUCUGUCCGAUCUUGGCUUGCCCCCGAAGACCGUGUCCUCAGCCGCCUCGCCGAAAACACCUCCCACCUCGCCCACGAACGUGAGGAAAUGACUUGCCUUUGGUUGGGCUCAUACUUGACUCGUUUCUUGAAGAGUCAGGACCACACUUUGUCAUUCUACGGCAAGCCUGGAUCCGGCAAGACCGUUCUUGCUUCAGUGAUUGUUGACCGUCUGCAAGAGCAGAUUGGUGGAGUUACCUACAAGACUCUGUUCGUUCCAAUCAACGCUCGCGUCCCGGCCGAGACCACUCCUAUUGCCAUUGCCAAGACUAUUCUGUACCAACUGUUUGAGAAGCGCAUUGGUAAUGUUCAGCUCCUGCACAUUCUUGGCGAUGCCUAUGAGCGUAGCCGUAAGACAACUGGUCCCGCGGACUAUGAGAACAUUGUCUGGAACGCUUUGGAGCGUGCCCUGGCAGCUGCUCUCCGCGGUGCUAAGGAGCUGGUCAUUGUUAUUGAUGGUCUUGACGAGUCUACUGGCGGCGAAGCUGCUUUGCUCCAGAGACUGACUGUCGCCACUUCCAACGCUGUCAACGUCAGGCUCAUUACUCUUGGUUCCGAGAAGCCUACGACCAAGGAGAAUGUGAUGGCCGUUCCUAUCACGGACGAUCGUGUCGCUGAUGAUGUCUCGGCCGUCGUCCGGUCCAUUUUCGAGGGUAGCCGCACCUUCCGGGAAAUGUCCGAGUUGGAGCGAGAGACUGUGAUCGACCAGAUCAGUGAAGCUUCCCAUGGCUCAUUCCUUUGGGCUAAGCUUGCUGCUAAGCAUGUUCGCCAUGAGCACACCACCGAUGCCUUCCGCAAGACUGUUGAGACCGUGAUGAAUAGCAAGUGGACUGUCACUGACUUUGUCACCCAUGUCCUUGCCUCCCCCGAGAUUAGCGAGGAUGCUAAGUUCAUGCUUCUCUGGCUUGCUACUGCUGAGCGUCCUCUUCUGGUGAAGGAGCUAGCCACUCUAGCCUCGGUCCAGCUCGAUAAGCAGACAGUCUCUGACCGCAAGAUUGACGUUUUGACUAUCCUGAAGCCUUUGACCUCUGUUGUCUUCAUCCAGGAUGGCCAAGUUUACCUUCGUCACGGACUCAUUCGUACUGCCGUUCUGGAUGUGUACAGCAAGGGCAAGCUGAUUCCCACUGUCAAGGAUCGUCAUGCCGACUUUGUCACUCGGCUGUUUGUCUAUAUUAAGACCACUGUGAUCGAGCAGCAUGAGCCUUCUCUGACUUCGCUGGACCGCCACGACACCAGCAUUCUUGUCCAGAAGUUCCCACUUCUUGAACUUUCAGUGCGCUAUUGGCCUCACCAUCUGAAGAACACCACUGUCUAUAGCACCGGUGGAGAUGCUCUUACUGCAAAGGAGUUUGGCAAGCUGUUCCCCGCCACUGUCACUUUGUUGCUGCUCCAGAACACUCUCUGGCAGAACAUCACCACCCCGACUCUCCUAACAUACCUGACCAUUGUCAGCAACCUGAGCCGCCAUAUCCUGACAACAAACCAUGUCGUCACUUUGCAGUCUAUCAUCUCCUUGGCUCUUUUCCGUCGCGACAUUAGCCACAUCACUGAGUCAAUCCCGCUGUUCUACGAGAUCACUACGAUCAGUCGGACUCUGCUUACUGUCAAGCAUAUUAUCACCAUGCAGAUGUCUAGCCUCUUCCUUGACCUCACCGUGGAGCAGGUCACCACUACCAAGACUGACAUCAUGGUCAAGCGGGAGGAGAUUCUUCUUCUCAUCGUUGAGUGCUACAAGAUUCACUACGGCAAUAACUCGGAGAAGGUUGUCACUACUCUGAAGACUCUGAUCGAGCACUACCGCCUUAUCAAGGAGGAGAAGAAGAUCAAGGAGAUUGAGAUUCUGGUGCAGACUAUUACCGGAACUCGCUACGAUGGCGGUGAAGAGACCACCACUCGUGGUGAUCUUCACGUUCAUCUGAAGGGCCACAAGCAGAACGGCGAGACUGGCAUUCGCUUCAUUUUGGAAACCGAGGUCGACGAGUACCAAUCUGAGACCUUUGACUUUGAGGCCCUCCUCCUGCAGGCCGAAAAGCUCAUUGCUGAGGGUCGCAUUGCGGAGGCCGAGCGUAUCUACGUUGAGAUCUGGCAGCGGGCUAGCAAGGAGUGCCGCACUCAGUACUCUGAGUACUGGGAGCAGAUCAAGCUGAAGUCGGUCACCGUCUACUCAAAGUUCCUUCAGUCUCAGAAGCGCGAGUAUGAGGCCUCUUCGAUCCUGUCCAGCGUCUGGGAGGAGUACCGCAGCACCAGCCUGUCUGUGUCCGAGUCCACUUCUUCUCACUUCCAGGAAAUCGCCAAGGUCAUGACUGCUGUCGGACUCUCUACCGCAGCUCUGAGCAUUUUCAAGCACUGUGCCCAUUACUACAAGAGCACCAACCGUGCUGAGUCCUCGCAGUACACGGAGAUCCAGAAGAGCAUUGAGCAGACUUCCCAGCAGGUCAUGCACCAGGCCAGCUCCUCUUCUUCCGUCGUCUCUGAAUCCGUUCUGGAAGAGAUUGUCUACGAGGCUUCCAGAUCCAUCACCAAGAUUGACCAGAGCUCCUUCACUGCCACUUACACUCUGGUUGAGCUCUAUGUCUCCCAGCACCGCUGGAAGGAUGCAACUCGUGUUGUCAAGAAGGUCCUGCUCGGACUCUGGCCAUCCUUGUUCGCUCCCUCCAUUCAGGAUGUUGUCCUCCCAAGCCAGCACGUCGAGAAGUGUGUCGACCUUGCCGAGCGUCUGAGCCAGUGUUACCACUAUCGCCGUCGCUUCACUCGCGAGGAGGGCAUCCGCAUUCGUGUCUACCGCGCUGUUCGGGCUGCUAAGCCUGUCGAUGACAAGUUGCGCGAGCGCGUCACUACCGAGCUGAUCCUCUUCUACGAGCGCUCUUCGCAGCCCGACCGGGUUAUUAGCACUCGCCAAGAGCUCUUGGACGACUACAUUACCCACUAUGGACCUGAGCACCCCACCGUCAUUAAGACUCUCUGGAUCCUUGCGGAGCUGACUCGUCCUCGCCCCAUCUCUAUCGAGUACUACCAGCGCAUCAUCCGUGCCUUGAACAAGGAUGCUCCUCAUUGCCACCCUGAUGCCAUCGAGCCAUUGAUCAUCGUGGUCACCGAGCUCUGGAACCAGAGUCGCUACUCUGAUGCCGUGCAAUACUACUCGCUGCUCUUCGUUACGUUCUUGAAUGAACCUAAGAAGCACGCCAAGUUCCAGUUGCCCGAUUUCGUUCAGGAGUUCUUCACCCGGUACACCCACUGCCUGCGCAGUGUGCGUACUGAGUACACCAAGAUCCACAAGGUUACCGUCGACUACCAGACUAAGGUCAAGGCGGUCUUUGGUGCCACUGCAACGAUCACCAUCAAGGCUACCGUGACCUUGGCCAAGGUGUGCCAGGAGUCCAAGCGCUUCGAGACCGAUGCCAUUGCCCUUUACGAGGAGCUGCUCACUAUCCAGACCACCGAGAUUGACCGAGAUGAGAUCACCGCCAUUCUCGAUGGUAUCUACGAGGAGCAGACUGCUAUUGCUACCUCCAAGUCCGAGUCGGUCUCUGCCACUCAGAUUGAGCGUGCUUCCAAGGUCCUGCGCAAGCGCAUCACUUCCGUUCGUGAAACUUACGGCUGGGCUCACGAGGAGUCUUUGACCAAGCUGAAGGAAGUCAUAUCCUUCCACUCCAAGCACAGCGAGUCAUCUGAGUCCGUCCUUUCGGAGCUUAGGGAGUCGACCGUGCAGAUUCUGCAGACCGAGUCAUCCUCCACCCGCCUUGUCGCUGCUGCCUCGACCAUCGCCGCCAGCUACAUUGCCACAAAGCAAGUGACCAAGGCCACCGAGUUGACCCAGGAGCUGUACCGCCAGGUCGUGAUGAAGGACACGACCAACGUCAAGUCCACCAAGUUUGAUCUCACUUCCAAGGGUCGCCAGAGCCUGAUCUUCUUGGCUCAGCUUGAGCAAAGCCUUCGGCAGCGAAGCUCUACCAUUACCGAGAUCCUGGCCGAGCUGACCACCGAGUACGUCUACUUCGAGGAGUUCCGCAGCCACAUCACCUCCAAGACCAGCUCUUUCCACACUGUCUCGGUUUCUGCCUCCCGUCUCUACCACUUCUUGCUCUCGAACAACCGCCAGACUGCUGCUAUUCGCGUCUUCGAUGACUACGUUGCCUACUUCCUGGCUACUGAUGGCAAGCGCACCAAGUUGACCGAGACUAACCAGGUGAAGAUCUUCUUGUCUACGAUCUUGGAGCACUUCAGCACCCACAAGUCAACCAACUUUAUCCGUUCGGUUGGUAUUGCCAGCAACUACCGUGUUCUUGAUCUCCUCCAGAAGAAGAACUACGAUGGUGCUUGUGAUCUUGCUAUCGCCUCCUUCCGGUACAUCUCUGCUCACGAUGUGUACCGCUCUGCCGCGAUUGUCAAGUUUGUCUUCACUCUGGGUGUGUUCAUCACCGGACGUACCAUUGUCCCGCAGCCGGAUCAGGCUACCCAGAAGAAGCUGCUCGGCGUCUCUUCUGUCAUCAUCCAGGAGGUCCUCCGCGUCAUUAGUGACUUGAAGAUCAAUCUUGCUCAGGUCAACUUGGACUACCUGAACAUUCUGAUCGGUGUGCUCGGCGAACAGGAGAACUAUAAGAACCUUGUCUGGGUCCUUUCCAGCCUUUGGAACAGCCGCAACCAGCAGAUCAACUGGUCGCCUGUGGUCACCCUCCAGCUGGCCCGUCGCUACAUCCUGGCCCGUUACCUGGUCAACGAUGCUCUCAGUGCUUCGCGCCUGGCCGAGGACAUUGUGUACAACUGCCGCCGUGUCAAUGGCGCCCGUCACCAGAGCACUCUCGAGAUGUCUACCCUGCUGUCCCAGCUGUAUGCUGGAAUCGCCAAACGCUACCAGUCUGAGAAGGGUGGCCAGCACAUGGCUAACAAGUACUACAAGAAGAUUGCCAGCCUUCACGAGAACCUGCUCCGCAUUUUCGUGGACCCCUCCCUCGCCGAGUUCGAGGGUGGCCUCGACAGCAGUCUGAGCAUGGACGGCUCAACCUACGACCUUGACCUCGGCGAUAGCACCCCCCACGGUUCUAUUUCCGACGGUCAGCAGGUCCGUCAGCACCUACAGCUACUUAAGCUCGCUGUCCAGCGUCUGGGUGCCUGGCCCAAGGACUUCAGCGAGUACGAGCGAUUGAAUGCCGAUCUUUUCCUUGAGUUUGGUGAUGAGCUCAAGGGUGUUGAGGGUGUUGAGAAGUGGGAUCUCAAGAAGUUCGGUGCUGGGAAGGCUUCUGGUAAUGAGGAUCAGCUGAGCUUGGAGUUCAAGACCUGGGAGCUUGAUCUCGUUCAAACUGAGGAGGUUGAGGAGGAGCUGUAA